CUCUUUAAUGGGCUGCGGGUCCGCGCCGGGCUGAGACGCGUCGAGCCGAGCCGAGCCCUGAGGCACAGGGAGCCACGAUGCCGAACUGGGGAGGUGGCAACAAGUGCGGCGCCUGCGGCCGCAUCGUCUACCACGCUGAGGAGGUGCAGUGCGAUGGCAGGAGCUUCCACCGGUGCUGCUUCCUCUGCAUGGUCUGUCGGAAAAACUUGGACAGCACAACUGUAGCGAUUCAUGAUGCUGAAGUUUACUGCAAGUCUUGCUAUGGAAAAAAGUAUGGACCAAAAGGUUAUGGAUACGGCCAAGGGGCAGGAACGCUGAACAUGGACAGGGGAGAGAGACUAGGCAUCAAGCCUGAGAGCACGCCCUCUCCCCACCGACCCACAACAAAUCCGAACACUUCGAAGUUCGCCCAGAAGUUCGGAGGGGCCGAGAAGUGCUCCAGGUGUGGUGAUUCUGUGUAUGCAGCUGAGAAAGUAAUAGGAGCUGGAAAGCCAUGGCACAAAAACUGCUUCCGAUGUGCCAAGUGUGGAAAAAGCCUAGAAUCUACAACUCUAACUGAAAAAGAGGGAGAAAUCUAUUGUAAAGGCUGCUACGCGAAGAACUUUGGCCCCAAGGGAUUUGGAUACGGCCAGGGAGCGGGUGCCCUUGUUCACGCCCAGUGAGGAGGCACAGCUCACCACACUUAUGGCUCUGCUGAGAUCCUGCUACAAGAACCAAGAGUUUCCUAAAUGUUACUAACUACUGUGAAACAGCUACUAGUUACUGUAGUGCUUGGGCAGACACUCAGCAGAUGGUUAUUAAUGGUUUUUAAAAAGCACUGCUUUUUUCCUUGCUUUGUGUAUCACACUGUAACACUUUUAAUACUGAGUAUCAAUUUAAUAAAGCUUUGCUUAUUGAUAUAUCCUAAA